UGUCAAACGAUUGUCAAAAGGUGACAGUCGCAGUCAUGGCCGAGUUGAUUGCGGUGCCGUUGAAGAAGUCCGCGGACGUAGAAUUGGUAAAACCGCUGCGGAAUCUGCUGCAGAACACAUAUGAAGGCGCAGAGGACUGCACCGACUCGCUGACGGAGCUGGCGCGGCUGCGCUCCGACGCGAUAUGGAAGGUGUACGACAGGGCCUCGCUCGACGUUCUCUACAGCUACUACGACCAGCUGGCGUCGCUGGAGGAGAAGGUGCCGCCGCAGGAGGUGCAGAUCCCCUUCAAGUGGAAGGACGCCUUCGACCGGGGAUCUCUCUUCGGAGGGAGGAUCAGUCUUACUGUCAGUUCACUAUCAUAUGAGCAUGUGUGCAUCCUGUUCAACAUCGGAGCCCUGCAGAGUGUGCUGGCUUCGCAGCAGCCGCUUGACACCGAGGAUUCACUCAAACUGGCAACUAAGUUGUUGCAGCAAGCGGCGGGCGUAUUCUCCCACUUGAAGGGCACGGUGAUGGCGGCCGUGCACCAGGAGCCCACUCCCGACCUGCAGCCCGACACGCUGCAGGCCCUCGCCGCGCUCAUGCUCGCGCAGGCGCAGGAGGUCAUCGCCUACAAGUGCAUCCGAGAUGAGAUGAAAGAAGGCAUGGUGGCGCGAGUGUGUGCUCAAUGCGAAGAGUUAUACACCGACGCGCUCCGCAUGGUGAACCGCGAGCCGCAGCGGGCGCUCUUCGACCGCGAGUGGGCCGCCAUUAUAACAGCAAAACAGAUGGCAUUCCGCGGCCUAACCCAGCUCUUCCAAGGCAUGGUGUGUCGCAGUAACAAGGCAGUAGGCGAGGAGAUCUCGCGUCUCCAAGUGGCCGUGGAACAGCUCAAGGGAGCCCUGGGCAGGCUGCCGCAGGCGCCCUUGCUGUCGGAACAGCUCACCAAGGCCAUGAGGUACCUCGCGGAAGCCACGAAAGACAACGACUUCAUCUACCACGAGCGCAUCCCGGACGCGCGGCAGCUGGAGCCCGUGUCCCGCGCCGCCGUCGCCAAGGCGCUCCCGCCCCCCGCGCGCUGGGGCCCCGCGCCCCCCGCGAGGAGGGACCUGUUCGCCGCCUUGUUACCUGCUGCGGCACACCGCGCGCUGCAGGCUGCGGCUGCGAGGAGAGCGGAGGCGGUCAACGCUGAGGUGAACAAGCUCCGCGAAGCCACGCAGCUCCUCAACAGCAUCCUGGCGUCCCUCAACCUGCCCGCCUGCGUGGAGGAGCAGGACUCGGGAGAGCUGCCCGAGUCCAUCCGGAGCAUCCGGAGCAAGGCGGCCGCCGUGCGCGCUGCCGGCGGCCCGGGAGCUCUCCGGGCUCUGAUGGAGGAGCUGCCACAGCUGCUGCAGAGGAACAGGGACAUUCUGGACGAGGCGGAGCGGAUGCUCCGCGAGGAGGAGGAGGCGGACGCGGCGCUGCGCGCGCAGUUCGGCGCGCGCUGGGGCCGCACGCCGUCGCCGCAGCUCACCGAGGCCUUCCGCGCCAACGCCGCCAAGUACCGCCAGAUCAUCGACAACGCCGUGCGCGCUGACGCUAUCGUGCAGCAGAAGUUCGCGCAACACAAAGAUGACAUCGAGUUGCUCGGGCGCAGCGACGGCGAGAUCACGGCCGGCGUGCCGGAGGCGGCGGGAGCGGGAGCGGGAGCGGGCGCGGGCGCGGGCUCGGCGGCCGCGGAGCUGCGCGCGCUGCUGGCGAGGGUGGAAACUCUCAAGAAGGAGCGAGACACUUUGGAGAACGAUCUCAAAGACGUCACUCUCGACCUCAAGGAGCAGUUCCUGUCGGCGCUGGCGGCGGACGGCGCGCUGGACGAGCCGGCGCUCACGGCGGGCGCGCUGGGCGCCGCGCUCGCGCCGCUGCAGCGCCGCAGCGCCGCCCUGCAGCAGCAGCAGGUGUGUACAGUAAUAUGUGUGCAGGAGCAGUUCCUGUCGGCGCUGGCGGCGGACGGCGCGCUGGACGAGCCGGCGCUCACGGCGGGCGCGCUGGGCGCCGCGCUCGCGCCGCUGCAGCGCCGCAGCGCCGCCCUGCAGCAGCAGCAGGUGUGUACAGUAAUAUGUGUGCAGGAGCAGUUCCUGUCGGCGCUGGCGGCGGACGGCGCGCUGGACGAGCCGGCGCUCACGGCGGGCGCGCUGGGCGCCGCGCUCGCGCCGCUGCAGCGCCGCAGCGCCGCCCUGCAGCAGCAGCAGGUGUGUACAGUAAUAUGUGUGCAGGAGCAGUUCCUGUCGGCGCUGGCGGCGGACGGCGCGCUGGACGAGCCGGCGCUCACGGCGGGCGCGCUGGGCGCCGCGCUCGCGCCGCUGCAGCGCCGCAGCGCCGCCCUGCAGCAGCAGCAGGUGUGUACAGUAAUAUGUGUGCAGGAGCAGUUCCUGUCGGCGCUGGCGGCGGACGGCGCGCUGGACGAGCCGGCGCUCACGGCGGGCGCGCUGGGCGCCGCGCUCGCGCCGCUGCAGCGCCGCAGCGCCGCCCUGCAGCAGCAGCAGGUGUGUACAGUAAUAUGUGUGCAGGAGCAGUUCCUGUCGGCGCUGGCGGCGGACGGCGCGCUGGACGAGCCGGCGCUCACGGCGGGCGCGCUGGGCGCCGCGCUCGCGCCGCUGCAGCGCCGCAGCGCCGCCCUGCAGCAGCAGCAGGUGUGUACAGUAAUAUGUGUGCAGGAGCAGUUCCUGUCGGCGCUGGCGGCGGACGGCGCGCUGGACGAGCCGGCGCUCACGGCGGGCGCGCUGGGCGCCGCGCUCGCGCCGCUGCAGCGCCGCAGCGCCGCCCUGCAGCAGCAGCAGGUGUGUACAGUAAUAUGUGUGCAGGAGCAGUUCCUGUCGGCGCUGGCGGCGGACGGCGCGCUGGACGAGCCGGCGCUCACGGCGGGCGCGCUGGGCGCCGCGCUCGCGCCGCUGCAGCGCCGCAGCGCCGCCCUGCAGCAGCAGCAGGUGUGUACAGUAAUAUGUGUGCAGGAGCAGUUCCUGUCGGCGCUGGCGGCGGACGGCGCGCUGGACGAGCCGGCGCUCACGGCGGGCGCGCUGGGCGCCGCGCUCGCGCCGCUGCAGCGCCGCAGCGCCGCCCUGCAGCAGCAGCAGGUGUGUACAGUAAUAUGUGUGCAGGAGCAGUUCCUGUCGGCGCUGGCGGCGGACGGCGCGCUGGACGAGCCGGCGCUCACGGCGGGCGCGCUGGGCGCCGCGCUCGCGCCGCUGCAGCGCCGCAGCGCCGCCCUGCAGCAGCAGCAGGUGUGUACAGUAAUAUGUGUGCAGGAGCAGUUCCUGUCGGCGCUGGCGGCGGACGGCGCGCUGGACGAGCCGGCGCUCACGGCGGGCGCGCUGGGCGCCGCGCUCGCGCCGCUGCAGCGCCGCAGCGCCGCCCUGCAGCAGCAGCAGGACGCAUUAGUAGCCGAAAUUCAGCAAGCGCACGCGCGCUUUGCUGCCGCCGGUGGCGGCGGAGGGUCCCGCGGCGCAGCCCUGGGCCGCCUGUGUGCUGCUCACGACGCCUACACCGACCUCACCAAUAAUCUCAAGGAGGGCGUCAAGUUCUACAAUGACCUCACACAGUUGCUAGUGACGUUCCAGAACAAGAUCUCGGACUUCUGCUUCGCGCGGCGCACGGAGAAGGAGGAGCUGCUGAAGGACCUCACGCAGGACGCCUCGCGCGUCUCCCGCCCGGCGCCCGACCCGCCGCACGCGCCCGCGCAGGAGCCCACGGCGGCAGCGCGCAAGGAGCCGCCGCCGCGGCCGCCGCGCCCGCGCCCGCCCCCGCACCCGCGGCUCCGCAGGCGGCCGCGCUGCCGUACCCCAUGCAGCCACAGGGCAUGCCGUUGCCAUACGGCGCGGCGCCGUACUACUACGCGGCGCCGAUGCCGACGGGCUACAACCCGUACGCCACGCUCCCCUACCCGCACCACGCGCCGCGCCUGCCCGCGCAGCCCUACCAGCCCUACCAGCACCCUCCAGCCCCACAGGGGUACCCGCAGCCCCCACCGCAUGGAUACAACCCCUAUGGAACACAGUAGAAAACACUGGAUAUCGAUCACUUACGAUGGAGCUGGUAUAUUGAGAGCAGACCUGGCAGUUUACCACAACUCGCACUCCCGCACGCGAGUUCUUACUUCGAGUCGUGCUUGAAGUAUGGACUCGCGCGCCAGAACGCGAGCUACGCUAGCCCUCCUGAACGGUUAACACGCAUGCUUGCGGCCAUUGAUAGAAGCACCUCACCGAUGUUUAGUCACCGAUUCAUUAUUUUUUUACCCAUGUAACCAAAAUGACAAUCGUUAAUCUUCAAAGAUUGCCCUUAAAGAAUUUCGAUAUUGUCACCUUGGCUACGGAGUCUGCGCUCCAUUAAGGACCCUUAGGAAGAGAAGAAAUCAGCCAGCGUACUUACUACUACUGCUGUGCAUUAUAUGAGAAAAACCAUUCUUAUUUGCAUUUUCAUAGAUACGCACGUAGAAAUAUUCCAUCUGCACUCAGAAAAAACGCUUUAUCCUACAGAUUGAAUAAAUAAUAUGAAACAGGGAGGGUUACGGCUCUCGCUCCAGAUCUACAGAUAAGUGACGUAUGUAUAGUAUCCCUAGUUGUAAGGAUUCGGUGCAAGGUUGUUACUAAUGUUGGAAUAUUAACUGUUGAUACGAUACGCUUGUGGUAGGCAGGUCACACCCAAAUUAUACUAACACCAAAAUAAUCACACAUUUUCUUGAAUGAAAACUUAGUCUGCAGUCGAGUAGGACUCGAGUUGUAACACUAAAAAGGGCCUUAUUUUAUAUAUGUAUUUACAUUUAAAAAAUCUAUGAGCCGUACGUAUGAAGUAGCUAUGUUUAUUUGAAGAGGAGCAUACAACAAACUUUGUUAGGUUUAGUUCUUUUUAAUUUGUAAAUGAAUAUUUAUAUUGCCAUCCCAAUUUGUAAUUAUUUGUAUCUCAUUUAAGUAAUAACUAACUUACUUUAUUUGCUCCUUGUACUAUGGAACUAAAUGAGUCUCCAUAUUGAGAAGUUGUCACAACUGUCCAUAUUAUGUAUUAUUUUAAUAUCGUCUGUUGAUGUUGUUUUUAUUAUAAUAAUUAUUGUAUUUAAUAGGUCUGUGAUCAUCGACUGAUGCUUCAAAAUGCAUUUACAUACGACAAAAAUAUUUACACUCUGUUACAUCAUUUGUAACACGGUUAACACGCUGGACAAUGAACGAGUAUACAUAUCUUUUCCCCUCACUAGCUCGGAAACACGUGUUUUGUCCUUUAAUACCAGCGGGUAAAAACGCAUUUUAUCCACUAGUGGGUAAAGUAAUUUGACCUUGAGUAAAGUCAAAUUAACUGCUUUA